AUGCGGGCAACAACUGUUUCGGUGGUUGCUUUGACGAGCGUAUUCGCUGCACUGACCAGCGGAUCCACGACCGGCCGACCGCAGAACGGCCCAGCAUGCUGCCGCGCCCUGAAAGGAAUUUUGCCUGCCGAUACCUUCGUUUCCAACAGCACCGAGUACAAUGCUGAGUAUCACGACUAUUGGUCGUCCACCGAGGAUCUCACUCCUUCCUGUGUCUUCCUCCCAGACACGACGGACAAAGUCGCCCGAGCAGUCCAGCUUUUCACCCGCCUCAACUGCCAAUGGGCCAUCAGAGGUGGUGGUCAUAGUCCCAUUCCUGGAGCGGCUAAUAUCGAUGGCGGAAUACUUCUUGGAACAGAUCACCUUAAUACAAUUGAGAUCAACCAUCAAGAGGGCUAUGUUCGCGUUGGUGCCGGCAACCGCCUGGGUGCUGUUUACAAUGCAACGGAUCCACAGGAUCUGGUUCCCAUUAUCGGAAGAUACGAAGAUGUCGGCCUCGGUCUUGCUGUUGGGGCUGGUUUCUCCUUCUUGUGCAAUCGGGAGGGUCUGACCAUCGACAACGUUCUCAACUAUGAAGUUGUUAUCGCAAACGGGACGGUUGUCAACGCCAACAAGACCAGCAACCCCGACCUCUUCUGGGCUCUCAAGGGUGGCAAUAACAACUUUGGUGUGGUCACUCACUUCAAUCUCAGGACGUUUCCCACCAAUGGUACUGUCUAUGGGGGAAACAUCGUCCAUCCGGAAUCCUCCUUUGAUGGGGUCGCGGAACUCUUUUACGACUAUUUUACAUACCAAGCGAUCGAGGAUACUCUGACCCAUGUAAUGCCCUCCUAUGAAUAUAUCGGCUCGACUGAUGUCACAACUGCGGUCAGUCUCGUGGUCUACAAUGAGGCUGUUGACGAGCUGCCUCCAAUUCUGCAACCCUGGAUUCAAGUCCCUUAUACCAGCAAUACCUUUUCUCGGAGAACAUAUGGAAGCCUCGCUCAAGAGGAGGGAAGUGGCAUUUUUGAUGGAUUUGCCGUGGACCAGCGUCUCUUUAGCGUCUUCCCUGAUCGAAAAUUUCUUAAAGAAGCAUGGGACAUACAACUUCAAUGGCUCCGAGACCGUAAGGACGUGCCAGGUCUGGUCGGAGUUCAGGUUCCUAUGCCUAUCACCCCAAAUCAAGUCGCCCAGGGGGUUGCCAAAGGCGGAAACGCCCUUGGCCUGGAUACAACUAACGAGGGAAAAAGCAUAGUGGUUAUCUUGAUGCUGCUCAACUUUAGCAAUCUCUCGGAUCUUCCACGUUUGAGGGUCGAGCACAAUGCCUUAAUGGAAGAACUGGUUGAUCUGGCUAAAAAGCGUGGCGUUUACCAUCCUUAUAUAAUGCUUACCUACUCCGGAGCAGGUCAGCAGGCCAUCGCCUCGUACGGCGCAGACAAUGUUGCAAAAUUGCGAAAAAUCGCGAGGGCUUACGACCCAACCGGUGUAUUCCAGCACUUAGUUCCAGGAGGUCAGAAACUCCCUUCGGACUAG